UUCUGACAUAGACCCCAAGAUCUGUAAUUAUCUUAGGGAAACUGUGGGAGUUUAGACAGUACUUUCUAGUUUUGUUUUGUUUUGUUUUGGCCUAUCUUUCUUUGGGGCUGGAGAGCUGGUGUGUGUGUGUGUGUGUGUGUGUGUGUGUGUGUGUGUGUUCCACUAGAGUGCCAAAAAAAAAAAAAGUGCUGAAGAGUCCUAGGGAAAUGAGGCUAUUUUUGUUCGAAGCUGAUACUUCUGCCUGAGCCACAAGUGCAGCUUGGAAAGGGCUCAGGUUGUUUCCAGGGGGAGAACUCUGCAGAGAAGAGACAAAGUUCAACAGGACAACAAAGGAGCAGCAGAAACAGCCAGGAAAACGAAGAGCCCUCACAUUUUCACACAGAACCCCCUAUCAGAGUUCUCAAAUCCUAAAGUAUUCUGCAAAGUGCCACUUGACGGAAACUUUUCACCUGCCUUUUCCUUUCUCCAACCACCAUGACGGAGAUCACUGCUGAAGGAAAUGCGUCUACUACCACCACAGUGAUAGACAGCAAAAAUGGAUCUGUGCCCAAAUCCCCUGGGAAAGUUCUGAAGAGGACAGUCACAGAAGACAUAGUGACAACAUUCAGCUCCCCAGCAGCCUGGCUUCUGGUCAUUGCUCUGAUAAUCACAUGGUCAGCUGUUGCUGUUGUUAUGUUUGACCUAGUGGAUUACAAAAACUUUUCAGCAAGCUCUAUUUCCAAGAUUGGCUCAGAUCCUCUAAAACUUGUACAUGAUGCUGUGGAAGAAACCACCGACUGGGUCUAUGGCUUCUUUUCUUUGUUGUCUGACAUCAUCUCGUCUGAGGGUGAUGAAGAAGAUGAUGAUGAUGGGGAUGAGGACACUGAUAAAGGAGAAAUAGAGGAGCCUCCCUUGAAACAAAAAGAAAUACACAAAGACAAGACUGAAAAGCAGGAGAAACCUGAAAGGAAAAUAGUACCUAAAGCUACUCACAAGGAAAAAAUUGAGAAAAAAGAAAAACCAGAAACAAAGACAGUGGCAAAAGAAGAGAGGAAAACAAAGACCGAAGAGAAGAUUAAAAAGGAAGUGAAAGGUGGGAAACAAGAGAAAGUGAAGCAAACAGCCGCAAAAGUCAAAGAAGUACAGAGACCAUCACCUAAGCCCAAGGAGAAGGAGGGAAAAGAGACCGCAGCUGUGUCCAAGCAUGAACAGAAAGAUCAGUAUGCAUUCUGUCGAUAUAUGAUUGACAUGUUUGUCCGUGGGGAUUUAAAACCAGGACAAAGCCCAGCCGUACCACCUCCAUUACCAACAGAAGGAGCUUCCAGACCCACUCCGGCAUCACCUACCCCUGAAGAAAAAGAAGAGGAAAAGAAGAAAGCUGAGAAGAAAGUGACUUCUGAAACAAAAAAGAAAGAAAAAGAAGCUGUCAAAAAGAAAACCGACAAGGAAACUGCCGUUGAUGUGAAAAAAAAAGAGCCAGGGAAAGCUCCUGAAACCAAACAAGGGACUACAAAAGUUGCAGCACAAGCAACAGCUAAAAAAGAUGAAAAGAAGGAAGAUUCUAAGAAAACAAAAACAACUAUAGAAGGUAUUGGAAAUAUUUUCUUUCUCUGUCUUAUAUUUGAUGAAUCCCCACAUUGCAUUUAUCCUUCAAGGACUAUUAUAGAAGAAAAAAAACUACAUAUAGGAUAAGGAGAGAAGGGGAGAGAGAGAGAAAAAGAUUGAGAAUGAGAGAAAGUCAAAUCUUUUCUGACAAUAUUGCUAUUAGAAAUAUUUAACAAAAUAAAAAAUAAACAUUGCCUAUGUUUACCUUUCACAAUAAUUUUCAAAGAAAUGCUUUCUUGACAAGAAAUUGUAUAAUGUUCAGUAUCAAGCAUUUAUUUUACCAGAAAGCAUAAAUUCACUUAAUCUUGGAUACACCAGCAUCAAUUAGGAACUGAAUCAUUACUUUAAGUCUUGAAUAGAAUCAUAACUCAUCUGGCAAGUAUACCUGUUUCUUUUGUAUUUGUUCAUAUGGGUUUACGUGUUCUCCUGUGUUUAAGAAGUCUGCAAGGUAUAAAUCACUGAAAAUGAUUAAACAGUGCAAUUCUAAGUCAAUUUAUUGUCACACAAUGUUUUGCACACAAAUUAUGGAAACACCUACAGUAAUUGCCAGUAAUUCAGAGCAACACUGAAAUUUAAGGAAAGAGAAUGGGAAAGGGGCUGGAAAAAUUAUAGUCUAGUCCAUAUGUUCGGAGAGCAGUUUUGUCUUUAAAAGUUUUAAGAGCAAUUGUUUUGUUUUUUAUUUCUUCCAACAGAACAACCCAAGGGAAAAAGUAAGGAAAUACAUGCAAAGUAUAUUUGUGUAUAUGUUUUUUCUCUUUACUAUCAUUAUUGGCCUGCUGAUAGACUUGCAGUUUUGAAUCUCUUUUUUUUUGUUUAAUGCAUGUGAACUCUGUUGAUUGUUUUCCUGUCAGUAUGAAAAAGUACACAACCUGAGGGUCAGAGGGACUGAAAACCAUGGCAAUCAUUCUCAAAGUCCAUUUCCAAAUUCAUACAAUCAUCUAAUAAUAUUAUCCACAGCCGCAUAACUAAAAAUACAACUUCAUUCCAUUAACCAAAACUGUGAGUGUAAAUAUAAUUCCUGUAAUCUGGUAAGUUCUCAGUCCUUAAAAAAGACCAAAUAGAAUUUAUUUUUCAGGCUGGUUUCAUAACCUCUUUCUCAUUAUCUUUCUUCUUGCAAUCCAUAAAUAUUUUGGUAUGUUCAUAUUAUAUAUAUGACAUUUUGUUCUUAACAUGAUUUACCCUUAUAAGCACCUGAGCUCCGUGUAAUAGCAUUGCUUGAAAUCCAUCCCUUAGGCAGCAUCUACUGCUGCUUUAACACUGUGUUAAAGCUGUUUGCUAACAGUAAAGCCAGAUACCUUGAGGUUGUAUCUUUUGCAAAUAUACACUCUCCUCUGAAGAAAUUCGGAUAUAUUGAACAAAUGGAAACAAAAAAACCCAACUUAACCCUACUCGAUCAGCUAUUAAAAAUCAUCACAUUCCCAGAAUGUAGAGCUUUUCAGGAUCCCAGUGAUAUUAAAAAACAUCUGUUUUAAAAUACAUACCAUUUUUGAAAAUUUUAUGUAUGUUUUGGUACUGUAAAAGGUUAGGAUGCUGAGGCAUUCUGUGUCAUAAAAAUGCUCUAAAUGUACUGUGGGAUGAAUCAUGAAAUUAUAGUGCAACUCAGCCAGGGGGAGCAAUCUAUCUAUAGAGAAGUAUGUGUUCCUUCAGUUUCAGAUUUAUGUGAGUGCACUGCUGCUGAUGAGCAGGAGCACACGGAAACAGAAACACUGUAUAAACCAUUGCACCAGCAGAAAAAUGAAGGACAACCAGAUAUUUGAAAAAUGAUAUUAAAUUAUACACACACACACACACACACACACACACACACACAUAUACACACAUAUAUAACCCUAAGGCCCUCGCUUUAUUGCAGUCUAUAUAAUUUAAAGGAUCCUGCAGACACACUGUGUCUCCUUGACAAUCUCGGGAGCAUUGGUGGAUUUAAUUUAAGAAAAAAAUGACUUCCCAGGCAUUCAUUUACAUCCCAACUGCUUCCUUCUUUGAGAAAUUCAGUGGAUUGUGACUUGGGCAGUAAUAAGAAAAAGAAAACGAAUUUUCCUCUAAACAACUAUUAAUUAUUUCUAAAUUAACUUAUUUAUUCUGGUUUAUCAUCUAGACUUGGCUUUUAUUGUUGUUAAUAUUGUAUCUUUUAAUUUGUUUGAUUUCAUUUUUUUGUCUUUAAGAUUGUUUUAUUCAAUUACACAUCUCUAACCCUAUAUUCUUAUUUUGCUUUUACUUUUCUAGUUGUCACAAUUAAGAAGUUUUUUCUUUAGUUAAAAAAAAAUCAUGAUAGGGAAACAGUGAAGAGUACAUGGAGCCUUCCUAUACAUAGUUUUGAAAAUUCUCAUGAUCUAUAAUUUUUUUCAAAAUAAAAAGUAAAAAAAAAAUCAAUCAUAGAUAUGAUUUGGCAGUUUUAUAAAUUUAUAUUUAUUAAAAAUAAUUCAAUAAUUACAUCCUGAAUUAUCCCAUAUAAGUGCUCUCAACAGCAUUUUUCCUCAUGUUGUUCCAAAUUAGCACAGGUAUUUUUUGCUUGUAUGAUGGCUUUCUGAUGUUGAUUGGAAGGCCCCCUUGUUUUACUUUGAAAUUUCACAUAUCGCCGGGAUUGAAUUUUGAUGCAUACCCAGAUUACUCCCACUAUGUUUUUGAUGGUCAUCACUUUGCAAAUUUCUUAGAAAUGUUACAUGAUUGGUGCUUCGGUCCCACAGUAAAUUAAGCAACAUAUUUAAUUACUCCAUGUUUUUCAAACAACUUUUGGGAAUGUUCUUACUGUCUUUAAUUUUAGCUAAAUCACCUAAGUGUCUGCUUUUUGACUUGUAACACUUGGUCAAGUCAUUUGUUUUAUUUGUUUUACUGCCUGGAUGCAACCUUGUGGGUGGGUAAACUGCUCUUUAUACUUAACAUGACUACACUCUUGAUAAACAAAUUAUACACUUGAGAAGCUCAUGAGAUGACCAGAGAGAUUUGAUGGCACUCUAUGUUUCUGAAAUACAGUUCUUCGAAUUCUGUCAAUGUAAACAUCUCCCAGUCUCUAAAAUGUAUUCAUUGAAUGAAACUUAAGAAAUCUUCACAUACCUUCUUUUUAAAAAAUCCGAUAAUAAUAUACCUAUGUUAAAACAUUUCUUGAAAAUCUUCUUUUAAAUUAAUUUGACAAGCUUGUCAAGGGGAAAAAAAGGAUUGCAGAUAAUAACACUCCAUAUAAAAUUAGUACUUGCACUUUAUAUAAAAUUAGUGCUUAUUAUAAUAGAAAUGCCAUCUUACUCUUGAGGCCAGAAUAACACUUUGCCUCACACAAUAUUGACAAGAGUGGAUUCUUAAAAAGAAACACUAUCUAAAAAGGACCCUAUAUGGAGCAUUUGUCCUAAAAACAAGGGGAGUGUGUUUUGCUUUCCACUGAAAAUUCAGUCUAUUUUGGUGUUCUCAACAAAGUCUUUGACUUAACUAAACAAAUACCUUUUCAAUAUAAGAAGAUUUCACCUUCGAAGAGGAAGUCCAUAUGGAAUCUGUCCAUCUUUGUCUGAAAAUUAUUUUAAAACAGCUGCAAUAAUUAUCCUUUGUGCUUUUUUAUCCCAAAUUUAUUUGAUGUUGAUCUAAUACAAUAGGAAAUUAAUUAUUUUCCAUCCUUUAUGGACCCUAUUUAAUUUUCUUUGCUUUAUUAAUCAUGAAGAAUUGCUCUUAUAUAGAAUAUUUUUAUGCUGUUCGGUGCAGGAACUCAGUGAGGGAAAGAGAGGAAAGAUUUAAAUAUACAGUCUUAGUCUUUUCAUAGCAAUUAUCAGUUGUUGAGCCCAGCAUUAGCACAUACAUGUUUCUUUGUGUUAAAGCAAUUAAAUUAUGACAUAUAAAAUUGGAAUGAUAAUAAUGAUGGUAAUAAUAAUAACAAUGAUAAUAUUGUUCCUUUCAGAACAGGAAAAGAAAGAAAAACAUGUGGAACCAG